GCCAUGUUCUAAUAUUUGUCAUUAACUGUUCUUAUUUUUUUCGCGGUCCAAAUCCUUCGCUCUGAUUGGCUGGCGAGCGGGUCCAUAUCCUACGGUACGGACCCCGGUUACGGACCUCUGGCGACUCGUUCGUUCACAACAACAAAAAACAUAGUAGCAUUUUUUUUGUCAACAUUUCUCUUUUUUUAUGAUUUAUUUAUAAGAUUAUCAAAAAUCUUAAUUUUUGGCAGCAUUUCUCAGGAGAAUAGCAUGAAUUUUACAGCAUGGAUAGCGAUAACGACAGUGUUCACAGUGAAAGCGAGUUUUACUCCCCUGAGGAAGAAGAAAUAAAAGAAAACAUUUCAGGAGAAAGCUAAAAACCUCUAACUUGCUAACGCCGAACAAAAACAUGGCUGAAUCCUGAAUGACUCCUAUUUGUAUAAAUGGGGGACUACAUAGGCGGCAAAAUGUAUUUUUUUUUUUCUCCUGCCAUGGAAGUGCACUUGUAUACUGAGGAGGAAGCCAUUUGCAUUACAGCCGUGAAUGAGGAUUCAAAAUGGCGGCUCGCCUUGGCACGGUUUCCCCUUUCGGGCGCUCUCGUUUUCUGUUAGAAUUUGGUACAGAAAAAAAUAAAUAUAUUAUUUACCAGCUUAAGGUCGGUCCGUGUGGUGAAAUACCGUGACCUCGGCCCUGAAUACUGACCUCCGCCCAGAGGGCCUCGCUCAGUACUUUUAAGACCUUGGUCACAGUAUUUCAUGAUACGGACCUCCCAGCUGGGAAAUAACAUGUAUAUCUGAAAUAUGGAGUGAGUAGAUAUGAGAAGAAUAACUGAACACAAAUUUAUCCUCCGAAUGAAAAGUUCUCAGUCACCACUUUAAACAUUCAGAUUCUGUUCACUGUCAGUAAAAUGAUGUUCUUAUAAAAUAAUAAAGCAGUUAAACAGUAAAGAGUAGGUAUGAGACGAUACACUAAAGCCACGAUACGAGUCGUAUCCCAAAACAGGCUUCACAGAACCAGACUGAUGAGAUGGAGAAAGAUUAUUUGAAAGUAAAUUUCCUUUACAGAGGGAACCCACGGCGAAAAAUAAACAGAGGAGAGAAAUAUUACAUAUUUUGCAUGAAUGCAUUUUGACUGCGCUGUACUGUCACACUGUGUUGCAUAAAUCAGUGCUUUAAAAUUCUUUUUUUAUUCAUGCUCACUUAAGGGCGCAACCAUAUUUCCAUUUUGUGGGCGGUGUCAGAGGUCAACAUGCCGUAGAAUCAUCGAUAGGUUUCCUGUAUCUUGAUUGGCUCGCUGCUCCCGACACCGCGAUGUCGCCGGAUGAACAAAACCUUGUUGAAAAAUAGCAGGGUGCAAAACCUGAGGUUGCAAAAAUAAUCACCGUGAUAAUACGGGAAAGUGUUUUUUCUGUGUUCCAUUGCUGACAACCGAGUGACGUAAACGACUUGCUAAACAGUGGCUACACAACUUGGGAACAGGUCACACUUUAGAAACUCUUCUUUGGCAGAAAUUCUGUUUGUGAGGACGAUCUUGAGUCCGAUUGCUUUGAAAGGAAUCUCCAGGCCGAGCUCUUGGGCUACGCAGGUCAUGUUCGACUCAAACUCGAUGCUGUGCCAACAAUAUUCCAUCACCGUCUACGGAAAAGGGGUUCAGGCCGUGCAAGCCGAUGAGCUGGAAUAGUACAGACGUUCAAAGAGAAUGUAUAUAUUUUGGCGCUGCCUAAAAGCAGAGCUCCAGAUGAGUGUAAAAUGUGUUAGUAAAUAAUCCCACGUGAUUUUUAUUUUUCAAGCAAAUUAAAAACCCAUCUAUCUUCUGUAAAUAAAGAGACAAAUUGAAUUGUGCGGUGCUCCACGCUUCACCUGCUAUAAACUCUCACUCAGCUUCGAGCUGUCACAAGCCUAUAUUUAGACCAUAUACACUAUUGUGGCACACUGCAUGUCUAUAUCUGCAUUAACACGUGCAAUAAAUAAAUAAAUAGGCUCGUCCAUACCGCUGUCCAUACUGACUUGAAGAUGACUCUUUUUCAUCUGACUAAAUCCAGGCUCACAAGUAUGUUUACAUCGCCUGCACUUAACUUCCGCUACCUGGCCAUCAGCGACUUGACGUCAUAUUGGUUGCCCAUGUGCAAUAAAACUUGACGUGUUUUGGACCUUUAAGCACUUAAAGCUACUUAUGAUGGCUAAUCAGGUGGCUGCACUUGUGUGUGUGUUAUUAUAAUUUGAGCUUGUACUAUCGAUAUCGAUCAUGUUUAAAUGCUGUACCGGUCCCCUUUAAUGUAGAAAGAUUGUUUGAUGGCAAAUUGUGCUUUAAAUGAUUUAAAUCCCAAAUUAGUGUCGUCACAUAUGCUACUCCCUCUGCUGCUGCUGCCGAGUGUGUAAGAAGAGGUGGAGGUCAUAAUGAAUAUUGAACAGAAAUAUGGUGAAAUACGAUAUGAUACAAAUUCAUCUCGCCAGUAUUUUGUGUCGGAAUUCUGCGUAAGAAAAACUGUCUCAUGUCCACUCUAUAAUGCUGUACAGUAAAGUCCAGAUGAAGAGAUCAGACUCACCAGAACCCAGCUGUGUCUCCAUGAAGAGCGAUUGGUCUAUGGAUUUUCACUGGGACUUUAAAACUGGAAACCCGUCACCUGGACACAGGUAACAUCCCAUAAUUCUCAGAGUUAAAGUCACUGCAGAGUGAAAGGCCGUGUUACACAUUCCUUUAUCCAGUUCAGAUCAUUAGCAGAAUUUUGAUAUUUAUCAGUUUGUUCUACUUUAAUUAAGCCAUAAUCCUGCUACAGUACUUUCAGUAAACAUUUUAGAGUAAUUAAUAUCAAUAACUGUGCAGUUCAGUGUUUCACAGUGUCACGUACAUCAUCAGGAAGUAAAUUCAUCUGGAUGUGGCAAUAAAAGUCAGAGUAAUGGUGAACAAAAUCACUUAAAUAAACAAUAAAGACUCAUUCCACUGUUCACUGUUGGUCAAAUUAAGUCAAAAUAACAAAUCAUUCAAAAAGUGUAAAUGGUUUAUUUAAUGGCGUGUCUAUAAUGCUGUACAGUGAAGUCCAGAUGAAGAGAUCAGACUCACCAGAACCCAGCUGUGUCUCCAUGAAGAGCGAUUGGUCUAUGGAUCAUCCUUUAAGCUUUAAAACUGGAAACCCGUCACCUGGACACAGUGUUUUACAGAAGGCAGGAGACAGAAGAGAAAAGAUCUUCAUCACAGAUACAGGACACGCCCCAGAAUCUCCUGCUGUAAAUGAAUUCCAGAAAAAGUUCAGAUUAAAUCUGAUGAAGAAGUUUCAGUGUUUAAAUGGAGUGAUGAUAAAGCCGGAAACGCGAGCGCUCCUGAAUGAGAUCUACACCGAGCUCUACAUCACAGAGGGAGACAGUGGAGACGUCAAUAAAGAACAUGAGGUGAGACGGCUCGAGGCAGCGUCCAGGAGAAAAACAACAGAGGAAACACCAAUCAAAUGCAGCGACAUCUUUAAGCCCUUAUCUGAAGAAGACGAACCCAUCAGAACUGUAGUGACAAAGGGCGUGGCUGGUAUCGGAAAAACAGUCUCUGUGCAGAAGUUCAUUGUGGACUGGGCUGAAGGGAAAGCAAAUCAGGACGUCCCCCUCAUAUUUCCACUUCCUUUCAGAGAGCUGAAUCUGAUGAAGGACCAAAACCUGAGUCUGCUGGAGCUCCUUCAUGUCUGCUUUAAGGAAACCAGAGAAACAGAAAUGUCCAGGUUGGAAAAGGUUCUGUUCAUUUUUGAUGGAUUGGACGAGUGUCGUUUCCCUCUGGAUUUCCGGAACACAGUGAGAGUGUGUGAUGUAACUGAAUCAGCAUCAGCGCAUGUGCUGCUGAUAAACCUGAUCAAAGGGAAUCUGCUUCCCUCUGCUCUCGUCUGGAUCACCUCCCGACCAGCAGCAGCUGAUCAAAUCCCCUCUGAGUACGUCCAUCGAGUCACAGAGGUACGAGGGUUCAAUGACCCCCAGAAGGAGGAGUACUUCAGGAAGAGGGUCAGUGAUCAGAGCCUGGCCGAGAACAUCAUCACACACCUGAAGUCAUUAAGAAGCCUGUACAUCAUGUGUCACAUCCCAGUCUUCUGCUGGAUUUCAGCCGCUGUUCUCGAGAGAAUGUUGGGUGAAGCAGAGAGUGGAGAGAUCCCCAAGACUCUGACUCAAAUGUACACACACUUCCUCAUCAUUCAGACAAACGUCAUCAGAGAAAAAUACUCAAAGAAGCAGGAGAGUGAUGAAGACAUGCUGCUCAAACUGGGACAGCUGGCUUUUGAGCAGCUGAAGAAGGGCAACCUGAUCUUCUAUGAGGAAGACCUGCGAGGGUGUGGCAUUGAUGUGACAGAAGCAGCAGUGUACUCAGGUGUGUGUACGCAGAUCUUCAGAGAGGAGCCUGGGCUUCACCAGAGUAAAGUGUACUGCUUUGUUCAUCUGAGCAUUCAGGAGCAUCUCGCAGCUCUGUAUGUGCAUCUGACCUUCAUGAAGGAGAAGAGAAAUGUUCUUCAUCAGAGUCGGUCCUUUGAGACAAUUUCAGAUGUACACAGGAGGGCUGUAGAUCAGACGUUAGAAUCUGAGACUGGACAUCUGGAUCUGUUCCUCCGCUUUCUUCUGGGUCUCUCACUGGAGUCCAAUCAGAAACUCUUACAUGCCUUAGUAACACAGACAGGAAGUAGCUCCCAGAGCAAAGAGGAAACAGUUCGGUACAUUAAGGAGAAGAUCAGUAGAGAUGAUCUUCCUGCAGAAAAAUCCAUCAAUCUGUUCCACUGUCUGAAUGAACUGGGUGAUGAUUCUCUCGUGGAGGAAAUCCAACGCUACCUGAAAUCUGGGAAACGAAGUGAACUCUCUCCUUCACAGUGGUCUGCUCUGGUGUUUGUGUUACUGACUUCAGCACAGGAGCUGGAGGAGUUUGAUCUGAGUAAAUAUAUCAGUCCAGAGAAGAUAACAGAUCGGGUUCUUGUGAAGGUGAUGCCUGUGAUUGCAGCAUCCAGGAAAGCCGUUAUCAGUUGUGAUGGAAUUGAAGGGAGCAGCGCUAAAGCUCUGGUCUCAGCGCUCAACUCAGAAACCUCCAAUCUGAGAGAACUGCAUCUGACUGUGAGGAGACUGAAUCUGUCUGAGAAUAAACUAGGAGACUCAGGAGUGAAGCGUCUCUGCGCUGGACUGGAGAAUCCUCACUGUAAAGUGGAGAUCCUGUGGUUGUGGCAGUGUGGUGUCUCAGAUGAAGGCUGUGCUGCUCUGAGUUCAGCUCUGAGAUCAAACCCCUCACACCUGAGAGACCUGGAUCUGUCCGAUAAUAAUCUGGGAGACUCAGGAGUGAAGCGUCUCUGUGCUGGACUGGAGAAUCCUCACUGUAAACUGGAGACACUGGGGUUGCGGCGGUGUGGUGUCUCAGAUGAAGGCUGUGCUGCUCUGAGUUCAGCUCUGAGAUCAAACCCCUCACACCUGAGACACCUGGAUCUGUCCGGUAAUAAUCUGGGAGACUCAGGAGUGAAGCGUCUCUGUGCUGGACUGGAGAAUCCUCACUGUAAACUGGAGACACUGGGGUUGAAGCGGUGUGGUGUCUCAGAUGAAGGCUGUGCUGCUCUGAGUUCAGCUCUGAGAUCAAACCCCUCACACCUGAGAGACCUGGAUCUGUCCGGUAAUAAUCUGGGAGACUCAGGAGUGAAGCGUCUCUGUGCUGUACUGGAGAAUCCUCACUGUAAACUGGAGACACUGAGGUUGGGGCGGUGUGGUGUCUCAGAUGAAGGCUGUGCUGCUCUGAGUUCAGCUCUGAGAUCAAACCCCUCACACCUGAGAGACCUGGAUCUGUCCGAUAAUAAUCUGGGAGACUCAGGAGUGAAGCGUCUCUGUGCUGGACUGGAGAAUCCUCACUGUAAACUGGAGACACUGUGGUUGGUGCGGUGUGGUGUCUCAGAUGAAGGCUGUGCUGCUCUGAGUUCAGCUCUGAGAUCAAACCCCUCACACCUGAGAUACCUGAAUCUGUCCUGGAAUAAUCUGGGAGACUCAGGAGUGAAGCGUCUCUCUGCUGUACUGGAGAAUCCUCACUGUAAACUGGAGACACUGGGGUUGCGUGAUUGUGGUGUCUCAGAUGAAGGCUGUGCUGCUCUGAGUUCAGCUCUGAGAUCAAACCCCUCACACCUGAGAGACCUGAAUCUGACCGAUAAUAAUCUGGGAGACUCAGGAGUGAAGCGUCUCUCUGCUGUACUGGAGAAUCCUCACUGUAAACUGGAGACACUGGGGUUGCGGCGGUGUGGUGUCUCAGAUGAAGGCUGUGCUGCUCUGAGUUCAGCUCUGAGAUCAAACCCCUCACACCUGAGAUACCUGAAUCUGUCCGGUAAUAAUCUGGGAGACUCAGGAGUGAAGCGUCUCUCUGCUGUACUGGAGAAUCCUCACUGUAAACUGGAGAUACUGGGGUUGCGGCAGUGUGGUGUCUCAGAUGAAGGCUGUGCUGCUCUGAGUUCAGCUCUGAGAUCAAACCCCUCACACCUGAGAUACCUGGAUCUGACCGAUAAUAAUCUGGGAGACUCAGGAGUGAAGCGUCUCUCUGCUGGACUGGAGAAUCCUCACUGUAAACUGGAGAUACUGGGGUUGGAGCAGUGUGGUGUCUCAGAUGAAGGCUGUGCUGCUCUGAGUUCAGCUCUGAGAUCAAACCCCUCACACCUGAGAGUCCUGGAUCUGUCCGGUAAUAAUCUGGGAGACUCAGGAGUGAAGCGUCUCUCUGCUGUACUGGAGAAUCCUCACUGUAAACUGGAGACACUGGGGUUGUGGCGGUGUGGUGUCUCAGAUGAAGGCUGUGCUGCUCUGAGUUCAGCUCUGAGAUCAAACCCCUCACACCUGAGAGACCUGGAUCUGUCCGAUAAUAAUCUGGGAGACUCAGGAGUGAAGCGUCUCUGUGCUGGACUGGAGAAUCCUCACUGUAAACUGGAGAUACUGGGGUAAGAUCAUCUCUCUGAGAG